CUCAACCAUUGGAUAAGGAACAUUGGCGCAUAACAAUACAAAAAACACUAGUUCAAUCGCACUAUAGAUGUCAAAAGGAUAAGGACCGGUUAAUUAUUCAAAAUAAACAAUUUAUCGAAGAUUGAUAAAAAUGGUCAGAAAGAGUACUUCGAUAGUUAUAAUACGAUUGUUGAUUUGUACGGUGAUAUUCAUACCACCAUGUUGCAAAGGCAGUUGGUUCCCGAAUAUCUAUCCGGAGAAAUUAGACGAAGAAAUCCAAAAAGCUAUUGAAAAAAUUGAAAGCCGGUAUCGUUCAGAGGAUAGCAUAUUAUCGAACGGUAGUCGCUUGACAUUUGGAAGCCUGGCUCAUGGACAACUGAUCGGUUCUAUGCCUUCCAAAAGCGGACAGUCAGCAUCUCGAACUGCUGAAAUUUUAAUUGAAGCUUCAACACAAAUAACGAAUAGAAAAUGUCGAAUCCACGGCUAUUUUGAUCAGAGACAAUGUAGCAUAGAUAUAGGUUUAGUGAGCCUGACUGAGACAAUAUUGGGUGAGAUGUGUAUGUCCGAGUAUAACAACAGCAAUUUGUGCACCGGGAAGAACUUGGAUUAUCGUAGUGCUGACGGAUCUUGUAACAACCUGGAACGUAAUUAUUUGGGGAAGGCAAACACGGCUUAUAAACGUUUGCUAUUUCCAGAGUACACAGAUGGUAUUUCCGAAAUGCCAAAUUUUUACGAAAAAAAGCUGCCUGAUCCUAGAUUAGUGAGUACAAAUCUUGUAAAAGACGAGGACUCACCUGACCACACUAAAACUAUGAUGAUGGCGUACUGGACGAUGUUCAUAGGCCACGAUCUAUCACACACGGCAGUUUCUACAAUGGGGACAGACCAUAGAUUUGUGAGUUGUUGUGAUAAGGACAAAAAUUUUCAAUAUGCUAUGAUGAAACACAUUAAGUCCUGCAAGCCCAUGUAUAUACCAGUUGAAGAUAGGUUAUGUAAAUCUGAUCCGCUUAAUUGCAUAAAGUGCAUGAACUACGUCCGUUCGCGGCCAGCAAUGCGUACUAAUUGUACAUUUGGACCCAUGGAACAAAUGAACCAAGCUACCCAUUAUUUAGACGCAUCGAUGAUAUACGGUACGUCGGAACAACAGACAUUGUCGUUGAGACAAAUGUCACUCGGCCUACUUUUGGUACAAAAAAUACGGAAUGACGAUCCUAUGUCGGAUCAUAUGCCGCUGGAAACCACCGACACGAACGUUUGUCAGAACGGCCCAGGUACAUGUAAUAAAGCUGGUGACAUUCGAGCAAACGCGUAUCCACAACUGAAUGCCUUGUACACAUUGUGGGUAAGGGAACACAACCGUAUAGCCCGAGAAGUGUAUAAAGAAAAUCUCUUCUGGACUGACGAAGAAAUUUUCCGGGAGGCCAAGAAAAUCGUGACGGCUUUCAUACAGCACAUAACGUACAACGAAUGGCUUCCGGCACUGCUUGGCGUUAACUACACCAAGGAAAACGGUUUGGGACUUGGACAAAGAACCAUGUACGACGUGACUGCCGACCCGACCGUUAGCAACAGCUUCGCGACCUCGAUACUGCCGUUCGCCAAUUCCAUGAUUGGCGAUUCAAUUAGUGUCUACAAGUCAUCCACUAAGUAUCGGGAUUAUCCAACAUAUAGAUUCGGGCAAUAUGGUACCUUAAAAGGAACUUACAACAAACCGCUUUUAAUGAACGAAUCCUUGCAUUAUAUGCUAACAGGACUAACUGUGCAGGCUACGCAAAAAGUUGAUAUGCUGUUUACAGAAUCAAUUACAAAUUACCUAUAUGUUUUGAACGAAAAUGAUUAUUCGUUUGGCAUGGACAUUGUGAGUUUGGAUAUACAGCGAAGCCGCGAUCACGGUAUUCCAAGCUACACCCAAUUUAGAAAAUAUUGUGGACUAAAAGACAUAGAAAAUGUACAAGAUUUGUCUGAGAUCAUGGUGGAAGGUUCAGCUGAUAAAUUAUUGAAGCUAUACAAAACUUGGAACGAUAUAGAUCUAUUGGUUGGUGCAUUGUUGGAGAAACACGUUGACGACGCAAUGGUUGGCCCUACGAUGAGGUGUAUCAUCAGGGAACAAUUUGUAAGAACUAGAAUUGCAGAUAGAUAUUUUUAUGACGUACCAGGAGUAUUCACUGAUUAUCAACUGGAGAAUAUCAAGCGCAUGACGCUUGCCAGAGUUUUAUGUGGAACCGCACAUAUCACAAUGAUGACACCACAAGUCUUUUCAAGUCCGGCGGAUUAUGGUGAAUCUGUUCUGGAUUGUUAUUCUACAUCGACAUCAAUUCCGACAUUAACCUUUAAAGGUUGGUUCGAUAAUAAAACGCAUGACGAUUUUUUUGAUAAAUAAAAAUUAAUUGUACACAUUUGAAUAUGAAAAUGUAUUUUAAUAAUAUCGUUCUGAUAUAAAUUCGUUUUUUCAUCAUUCUCCCUUUUUUUUUGUAUGGACAACAUAAUUUAAGAUGUACUGGUUUACAAGAUAAUGACGUAACCAGUAUCAUCCACUGACUAUAUUUCCCCAGUCACCCCCAUUACUUCCAGAAAAAUCUC